AUGGCUGGGGAACUUGUGUCGUUUGGAGUACAAAAGCUAUGGGAUCUACUCACGCAUAAAUACGAGCAAAUUCAUGGAGUUAAUGAUCAAGUUACUGAACUAAAACGAGAUCUAAACUUGUUAAGUUCUUUUAUAGAAGAUGCAGAUAAGAAACGUACACGUGCGGUGGUGCGAAACAGUUUGGAAGAGAUCAAAGAAAUUAUUUUUGAUGCAGAGGACAUAAUCGAAACCUUUCUUUUAAAGGAAGAACCCGGAAUGACAAGUGGCGUGCAUAACCAUUUCAGAAGGCUUGCUUUGUAUAUUCCAGAUCGCAAGGAAAUUGCAGUAGAUAUUGAAGGCAUAAGUAAGAGGAUCUCCAAGGUGAUAGGUGAUAUGCAAAGUUUUGGAGUACAACAGAUAAUUGCCGACAGCAGUAUCCCGCCUUUAUAUGAUAGACAAAGGGAGAUGCGAGAAACGUUUUCCACGGAUCAGGAAAAAGAUCUUGUGGGGUUGGAAGCAAAUAUCCAAACACUAGUUGAAAUAAUGGUGGAAGAAAAUAGCGUUGAAGUGGUUUCAAUAACUGGGAUGGGUGGUGUUGGUAAAACCACCCUUGCUAGGCAAGUUUUUAAUCACAAGAAGGUUAAAGAUAAGUUUGAUGGACUUGCAUGGGUGUGUCUCUCACAAGAGUUUAGCCGAAUAUCUGUUUGGCAAACAAUCUUGCGGAAUCUCAGUCCCACAGAAGACGAAAAGAAAAUCAUGAAAAUGACAGAAUCUACACUCCAAGGUGAACUCUUUCAAUUGUUGGAAACAUCUAAAUCAUUAAUUGUCCUUGAUGACAUAUGGAAAGAGGAAGAUUGGGACCGAAUCAAGCCAAUAUUUCCACCCAAAAAAGAUUGGAAGGUGUUACUUACUUCACGGAAUGAGAGUGUCGCAGCAUGUGGAGAUACAACAUAUAUCAACUUUAAACCAGAUUGCCUAACUUUUCAAAACAGUUGGACACUUUUUCAAAGAGUAGCAUUUCCAAGGAAAGAUGUUUCCGGUACGUGAAGGGGUUUUCAUUU